AGGGCAAAACUUGAAAGAGCAAAUAACCCAGCAAAAGAGAACUUUCAACUUCAACGGCUCCUCUGGUUCAGAACCACUGAUAAACCCUAGCUUUCUUGGCCGAAAUGCCCUUCCUGAACCUCUAUGUUCACCGAUCACUCUCUUCUCUCUCAUCUUCCUCCAACGCCCUCUUAGCAGACAAAGCCCUAACUUUCCUCAAACGCCACCCUUACCAGCUAAAUUCCCUCUCUUCCAUUUUCACCCCUGAAGCAGCUUCAUUUUUACUCCUCAAGUCCCAAAAUGACCGAAGCCUAAUCCUAAAAUUCCUCAAAUGGGCCCAACCCCACCCGUUCUUCACCCCUCGCUGCAAAUGCCUCGCCCUCCACAUCCUCACCAAAUUCAAACUCUAUAAAUCAGCACAGUCCCUAGCAGAGGACCUCGCCGUCAUUGCAUCCGAUGAAAGGGGCGAUUUCGUCUUUCAGUGCCUCAAGGAAACCUACCAUUCGUGUGCUUCAAGCUCCUCUGUUUUUGACUUGGUGGUAAAAUCUUAUGCCCAUUUGAAAUUAAUCGAUGAGGCUCUUAAUAUUGUUAAUUUAGCUAAAUCUAACGGUUUUAUGCCUGGGGUUUUAUCUUACAAUGCUAUUUUAGACGCCGUGAUUAGGUGUAAAAGGCCAGUUAGAUUUGCUGAGGAUGUUUUUCGGGAGAUGAUUACAAAUGGGGUUUCACCAAAUGUGUUUACUUAUAACAUUUUGAUUAGGGGUUUUUGCUCAGCGGGGAAUUUGGAUAUGGGUUUGGGGUUUUUCAGUGAAAUGGAGAGAAAGGGUUGUUUGCCUAAUGUGGUUACUUAUAAUACGUUAAUCGAUGCACACUGCAAGUCGAAGAAGAUUGAUGAUGCGUUUAAGUUUUUGAGGACAAUGGCAUUGAAGGGUUUGGAGCCAAAUUUGAUUUCUUACAAUGUAAUCAUCAAUGGGUUAUGUAGGGAAGGUCGGAUGAAGGAGACGAGUGAGGUGCUUCGGGAGAUGAGUCAAAAGGGUUUUGUUCCUGAUGAGGUUACUUAUAAUACACUUGUAAAUGGGUAUUGUAAAGAUGGUAAUGUUCAUCAAGCAUUGCUUUUGCAUGCGGAGAUGGUGAGGAACGGCUUGACUCCAAAUGUCAUUACUUAUACUUCGUUGAUUAAUUGCAUGUGCAAGGCUGGGAAUAUGAACAGAGCAAUGGAGUUUUUUGACCAGAUGCAUGUUAGAGGACUUCAUCCAAAUGAGAGAACAUAUACUACUUUGAUUAAUGGGUUCUGCCAGCAAGGACUUUUAAAUGAAGCUUUUCGGGUACUAAAUGAAAUGGGUAGAAACGGAUUUUCACCUUCACUAGUUACUUAUAAUACUCUUAUUAAUGGACACUGUAUGCUUGGAAGGGUAGAAGAGGCCUUAAAAAUGCUACAAGAUAUGGUGGGAAAAGGGCUGGCUCCAGAUUUAGUAAGUUAUAGUACAAUUAUUUCUGGAUUUUGUAAACGCCAGGAUUUGGAGAAGGCAUUCCAAAUGAAGCAGGAGAUGGCUGAGAAAGGAGUUAAACCAGAUGCAGUUACAUUUUCUUCACUGAUUCAAGGUCUGUGUGAGCAGAGUAGACUUACUGAAGCUUGUGAUCUUUUCCAGGAGAUGCUGAAUGUGGGUGUGACUCCUGAUGAAUUUACAUAUACUACGUUAAUUUGUGCUUAUUGCAGAGAGGGGGAUAUAAAAAAGGCUUUUCUUUUGCAUGAUGAAAUGGUUCAGAAGGGAUCCCUUCCUGAUGUUGUUACCUAUAGUGUGCUUAUCAAUGGUCUUAAUAAACAAGCUAGGACAAGGGAAGCAAAGAGGCUUUUGCUCAAGUUGUUUUAUGAUGAGUCUGUUCCCAGUGAUGUCACAUAUAAUACGCUGAUACAGAACUGUAGUAAUACUGAAUUUAAAAGUGCGGUAGCUCUUAUAAAGGGCUUUUGUAUGAAGGGUUUGAUGAAUGAAGCUGAUCAAGUUUUUGAGUCGAUGCUUCAGAGAAACUAUAAGCCUGAUGAAGCUGUAUAUAAUGUUAUUAUACAUGGUCAUUGUAGAGGUGGAAAUAUUCACAAGGCAUAUGAUCUGUACAAGGAAAUGGUAAAUUCUGGUUUUGUGCCUCAUACUGUGACUGUUAUUGCUCUGGUUAAAGCACUAUUCAUGGUUGGUAAGACUGAUGAGUUAAGUCAAGUCAUAGCAAACAUACUUAGAAGCUGUAAGAUUACUGACGCUGAGCUUGCUAAAGUACUUGUUGAGAUAAACCAUAAAGAAGGGAACAUGGAUGCAGCUUUCGAUGUGCUUACACAAAUGGCCAUGGAUGGUCUCCUUCCAAACAGUGGCUGAACUGCAUAUUCUGGGGGCACAAUGAACUAUAAACCCAUGAGCCCUUCAUAAAUGGUAAUAGCCGUGCGUGCUAUUAUAUUUAGAGGACAUUAAGGAGGAAGCAGGUUGAAUGGCAUAGCUUUCCUGGUAAUCUUAAAAUACGAAUGAAACUUGUCGUGUUUGCUACUAACUGUCAUCAUGAUUAUGCCGGGAUAACUUUUUUGGGGACUAAACACCUCCAUUACUUACGGCAGCUCAAUAGGUAUUCAUUCCAUACUUAUAUAUGCUUAAGUUGUAUGUAACAACGAAACUUGUGGUAAUUCUACUGCAUGUUGUUUAGACUACUUUCUGCGCCAUUUUCAUCAGUGGCACUACACGCUAUUCUUGAAGCUCCUUUGAGAAGAUUGAUUCAAUUGUUACGAUAACUUGACCGGUGUUAUUAUUGAGUUGGUAAAGAAGAGCAUCAUUGAUCUGCACCACAAAUGGGGGGACUUUGAUAAGUGAUGGCCGCACCCAUUGUGUAGGACUCCAAAGCCAUGAGCUGAAGCACGGGUUUCUUGAGGGAAACGUCACUACUGAAUUUCUGGUAAAUCCAUUCGUUAAAUGAAAAAUGUUGGUGAUUCUCAAAAAGGCAAAAAUUACCCGCUUUCUCGUGGAAUCCAGUUUCUUAUUCAUUGAGGAAA